CAUAACUUUGAGAGACCCCGAAACGUUUUCUUUGGAUCUCACUUACAAUGGCGACUAAAAAUGAUACUUCUUCAGUAAGUUCAUCAUCAUACGAGUCUUCCUCUGACGAAGGGGAACAAGUAUCCACUCCAUCCGGACCAUCGGCGACUACUCUUACUAAAGCCGCCUUGGGCUUGCAGACGAAACCUUCCCCGCCUCAAGAAGAAGAAGAGCACUGUGGUGAACAGAGCUCCGAGGAGGAUGAGGCUUCCUCCGAUUCUGAGCAAGAUGAGCCCACCAAGGAACAAACUCCUUCCAAAGCCGAGAUAGCCAAGGAGAAGAAGAUCUGUGUGUCCUCCGAGGAGGAAGAAGAGAGCUCUGAGGAGGAGGAUGAGGCUUCCUCCGAGUCCACGAAGGAACAAACUCCUUCCAAAGCCGAGAUGAUAGCCAAGAAGAAUGAGAUCUUUGUCUCCUCGUCUGAGGAGGAAGCAAAAGAGGACAAUAGUGAAGAAGAGAGCUCUGAGGAGGAUGAGGCUUCUUUGUCUAAGGAAGAAGUUCCCAAAAAGAAAGAAACACCUUCCAAAGCUGAGAUAGCUAAGGAGAAGGAGAUCUAUGUUUCCGGCAAGGCACAGAAGCGUGUGAGUGAAGGUUCUUCCUCUGAAGACAUGAAUGCUGCAAAGAAAGUGAAAACGAGUGACAAGAAGCUGAUCCCUCCACGGUUUUGGACCGAGGACGACGAGGUGCGUUUGCUUGAAGGAAUUCUUGAAUUCCAAUCUGCUAAAGGUAAAACAUACACCAAAGACAAGGAUGGAUUCUACAACUUCAUCAAGAAGUCUUUCACCGUUAAGGCUACUUUCGCACAAUGCAUGUCAAAGAUUUCAAAACUUAAAACGAAGUAUGGGAAGAGAGAAGAAAAAGGUAAGAAACCGUCUGCUUUGAAACCUCUAGAUCUUAAAGCUUUUGAACUGUAUGGGAAAAUUUGGGGAAACUCGGUACCAGGAUCGAAUGCUGCUGAAGAUUCAAGGAGUGACGGGAUCCAGAAGCUGGAAGGUGAUCAUAAGGAUGUGAUGAAUCAUGGAAAAGGAGGAGAUUGGUUUAGCAACUCGUUUUUGCUUCCUAUGGUUACUCAUCUUGGCAGGGAUGAAAAUGAAGUGAAAAUGGAUUGGGGUGGGGUUUCAGAAGAGAAGAAGAGGGAAAUGAUGGACCGAUGGAGAGUUUUGAAGACCAAAGAUAACGAAAUUCUCUUACAAAAAACAGCCUUUGUGGAUGAUAUUGUCUCUCUUAUCCAUCGUUGAUGCAUCAUCAUCCCAUUAGAUGCAACAUGCCUCUUUUUU